AAUUGUAUUGUUCCGUCUCACAUGGCAAGCACAGAGAAACAGCAGCAACUGUAAAAUGAAGGCCUUUAUUAGAAUUUAGAUUUAGAUCUCAGCCUAAACCCCCAACGGCUAGUUUUCACUUGCCCUCUCCUCUCUUCCAUUAUUCAUUCACUUAAUAUUAAUCAUUGCGUUACCUGUCUUCCCUUUUUCCAUUCCCACAACGGUCCAUAAUCCCUUCCACAUAAAACCAUCAACUUUUUCUUUUGAUUCUACACAACACACUCCAUUUUCAAUUCUAAUUCUGAUGGACACUGCUACUGCUGAUGCUGAUGCUAAGGUUCAACACGUCACCAAGAAAUCUUCCGAUGAGCUUCUUAGGAAGUUUGCUGAGCUGGGUUCAGAGGAAACAACCCGCAAGAAACACUUGAGUCUCACCAUUAGCCUCAAGAAGCCCAGGGGAUUCCGGAGGGAUGAUCACUGUGACAGCCCUUCCGGCAGUGCUGCCGCUGUCGUCGAGAGGAGAUCACUUCUGCCUCCCGGUGUCAGCCGCAGGACGGCGUUGCUCCGCCCACUCCGGGCUAGAGAUAUCAGGAACAGGUCACUCUUGGGAACCAUUCAAAAGACAUGGCGCACAACUGUGCAAGGAGCUUCCAGAGUUUUCAUCGAGAAGCACUAUCAUCGCCAUAAGCGUUUGAUCAAUGACAUUGUUUAGGCCCAUCCUAUGUUAUAUAUGUAUAUUGAUUGCACUGUUAGUUUAAUUCACUUUAUUCAUGUUGCUUUCUUGUUACUUUGUUGUUCUGUUCUAUUCUUUCAUCUUAGCUUAAUAAACUUUAAUUCUUUCAUCCA